CGUAAGCGAACCUCCACAAGCCAUGGAAGCAUCCGGAGUGAUUGCGGAGAGGCUCCUGGGGAUGAGGCUCGUCGGGAUGAGAUUCCUGGUGCUCGUCGCCGCCUGCUUGAUUCCGACCGUAAAAGGCGAGGGACAAUACUUUCGGGUCAGGCCGAGCAAUAGUUCCGUGCUGGAAGGCGGCGAGGUGACAAUUUCUUGCGAGGUGGGGAACCGAGUCGGUACCGUCCAGUGGGUCAAAGACGGAUUUGCUUAUGUCAUACAGCAGAACGGCGAAAUCGUGGGCCACCCUAGGUUGAAAUUGAUCGGCGAUCAAAACGCCGGUAUUUUCAACCUGAAAAUCACCGACGCGUCUCUGACCGACGAUGGCGAGUACGAGUGUCAAGUCGGACGAUAUCUGCGGGUCAAACCAAUUCGCGCCAGCGCUCACCUAAUCGUCACCUCACCUCCACAGAAAGUGGCAAUCAGUAAUCAUCCGAAGAAGCAGAUAAUCGAGGUGAAGGUGGGCGAAUCGCGGCGCUUAGAGUGCAUCGUUAGUGCAGCGAAACCAGCUGCCUCGAUCAUUUGGUACCGCGGAAACACGCAGAUCAAGGGCGGCGACACCACUAUCGCCGCAAUCUCCAUCCAGGGUGACAAGGAGAAGCCUGGGGAUACGAAGGAAUUGCUCAAAUACGACACUCACGGUUCUAUUACCAUCAUGCCUACGGCGGAUGAUAAUGGGAUGGAUUACACCUGCGAGGCCAGCCACCCGGCAAUUCCCAUAGAUAGGCCUAUGCGGGCUACCAUUACACUUUCCGUUUUCUAUCCACCUGGUCCACCAUAUAUAGAAGGCUACACCGAAGGUGAGACUGUGCAACGCGGUCAAAAUGUGGAGCUCGCCUGUCGAUCACGCGGCGGAAAUCCGCAGGCGGAAAUUGUCUGGUACAGGAACGACGAGAAGGUCACGGCGGCCCAUCGCAGAGGCCCAGGCGUCAGCGAGAAUGUGUAUUCGUUCAUCGCCCGAGCGGAGGACGACAAGGCUCGCUACAGAUGCGAAGUCUCUAACAUCAUGAGUGUGCAACCCAUGAAAGUACACGUCGAUCUCACCGUACUGUUCGCGCCUGCCGGAGUAACCAUCACCGGUCCGACCGAGGCGAAGGCGGACGACCAGGUGCUCAUUACUUGCACGACGGAGAACUCGAAUCCGCCCGCGGAUAUAAAGUGGACGGUGGACGGGCAUAAUUUCGAGAGCAAUGCCUCGAAGACGGAGCUGGCACCGAACGGUGGCUGGAUCACCAGCUCGAACGUGACGUUCAGCAUUAAUCGCAAGAGCCGCAGCAUCGUCGUCAUCUGCCACGCUUCCAACGCCAAGCUCACGGAGAAUGUGGUCGGCACGCACACCAUCAACGUGAUAUAUCCACCUUCUAAAUUAAUCGUCACCGGAUACGAAGAGGGCACGACGAUAGUUGCUGGAACAGUGUUAAAGCUCAUGUGCACCGCUACGGCGGGUAAUCCAUUGCCCACGUUAACAUGGUACAAAAACGACCGCAAGGUACUCGGCACAGUGAGACAGCGAAAUCAUGCUGUCUCGAGCGAGCUGGCGAUACUCGUCAACGCGUCCGACAACAAUGCCCACGUGCGAUGCGAAGCGACGAAUUCCGCCACCGAAAUCCCCCUGCUCAAAGUUCUCGUGCUAAAAGUCUAUUUUCCGCCCGAGAGGGUGAAGAUUAACCGCGAGCCCCAGGAUUUUCACGCCGGCCAGGAGGGACGCCUAAUCUGCGAAUCGAGCAGCAGCAAUCCCGCCGCCGAAAUGUCGUGGUGGAAGAAUGGGAUACCGGUACCCGGCACCAGAAACAGCACCAAGCCCGGAUUACACGGCGGCUACCUCUCGUCCGUCGAGCUCACACUAGAUUUAACCGAGGACAUGAACGGCGAAGUGUACACCUGCGAGGCCAAGAACGCCGAAUUGGGGAGAUCUAGCCACGACGCUACGACACUGGAUGUGCUAUACAAGCCGAUAUUCUCACCGUUGGACCCUUACGAAUUAACCGGCCUGGAAGGAGAGCCUUUUGUAAUUUCCGUAUCGGCAAGAGGCAAUCCGAACACGACGGAAUACACGUGGACAAGGGAUGGUCUACCGUUGGGUAGUAACGGUAAGAGAAUAACAGCACAUGGUUCUACGCUAAAUAUCACGAGAUUGGAUCGUCAUGACGCCGGUACAUACAUAUGCGAAGCGCUGAAUAAGGAAGGAACCACCUUUUACCAGCUAAAUUUGACCGUGCAGUAUCCAGCUAAAAUCAAACGUACUUCCUCGUCGGGGAUAGUUUAUCCACCGGGUAUCGAAGCAAAGCUGUUUUGUGAGGUCGACGGCAGUCCGAUUGGUGACGAGUAUGUCACAUGGCAGAAAAUAGGAUCAAAUCCUGAGCUGCCGGGACGAUACUCGACAUCAUUCAUUAAUCGGACGUCGUAUCUUCACAUAGAAAAUCCCAGCCAAGAAGACGUUGGCGAGUAUCGAUGCAAGGUCAACAACGGCAUUGGCAACAUAACAUCGGAUCCUAUUCUAUUUAUUACUAAUUUUAAACCAGAAAUGACGAACACCCCGCUGACGCGAAAGGCAGCGGCGAACAAAGGAAUAAACGUCCAAUUGUUCUGCAAAGCGCGAGGAUCUCCAUUGCCGCAUUUCACUUGGAUCUUCAAUGGGAAAACUUUAUUGCCGAAUGCAACCGAGGAUAAAUACAGUAUCACUCACAGCGAUCUGUCGGAACUCUAUUCGGAAACAACGUUGACCAUCUACAAAGUGAGAUCGCAGGAUUACGGAAAGUACGAAUGUCUUGCCCAAAAUAAAAUGGGACACUCCACAGAAAAUAUACUUUUGGACGUCACUUCACCGCCGGACAAGCCAAGCGACUUGGAAAUCUACAACUAUACGCACGACUCAGUCACAUUGAUUUGGAAACGCGGUUUCGACGGCGGUUUGCCAACGUCUCAUCAAAUACGAUGGCGACAAGCGUUGGACUAUGAAGAUCGCUAUCACUACCUGGACGUCGUGCCCGGCGAAUACAAAGCUACUAUAUCCGGCCUGUCGCUAGGGACUUAUUACGUAUUUAGCGUAAAGGCCAUCAACGAAAAGGGAGACAGCGGUUUCUUACCAGAUCUUGUCAAAGUCCAGACGCUUCGCCCGAAUAACGAGGAAAACCUGCCGGAUGUUCUCUCGGAAAAGGGUGACUUUCCGAUGAAUUAUAUCUAUACAUUAGCAGCGACUUCCGUCAUCAUUUUUAUCGUUAAUGUCUUCAUCAUGUCGUGGUACAUAAUACGAAAACGAAAUAAAACUCGCAUUAAUAAGUCGCAGACCGCCGAUAUGUAUGCACCAUCCACCGUCAAUGGCGACACCAUGACUGGCGAAUUAAGUUCGAUGUCAGACGAGAAGAGCGAUGUCAACUUCGACGCUAAUGAUUACGUGGACGAGGGGCGCAAAACCGCAGCUAGCACGUAUUUAAUAGAUCAAACUAUGCAGGAUUUCGGGAAAGGCGGUUUAGAGAUGCAGGUUCAUCAGGGCACCCUCGGUCGUCGCAGCAAUCACAUGCAAACAUCCAUGAACAUGGACUCGCCGCCACAGCGGACUACCGCCAGCGGGACUCUCUCAGGUACGUUAUCGAAGUCGAGUUACAUCGGCAAUCCGAGCCCGGCGCCGCCCAACGACGUGAGCUUCUACAGCGUGGAGAUGGACAAUGGCGGUCGAGGCUACAUGAGCUACGACGGGAAUCCAAGUCCGGCGCCACCCGCCAUCGAUCCAACCGGCGGACCUUACUAUCCCUCGUCCAUGGGUUCGACAGGUCACAUAAUGGGUGGGCACAUGACGGGAGCCAGCACCGGCACCCUGACGCGCACCAGAACGCUGCCACGUCCCGUGCCACCGCCCGACGUCACCGUGAUGACCGCGGGCACCAAGUCGCCGAUACCGCCAUCGGUGCCGCCGCCACCCGCCACGUUCGCCCGUGCCGGUACCAACAACGGAGGUCCUCAUUCGCAUCCGCAUUUGCAUCCACCGCCGCCAUCCUGCCAGAGUCAUCCGCUGUCGACGUUUGCGGCGACGCCUAGUUACUCCGACAUCGACGGUCAUCUUGUCUGAGGCUCACCAAUCUUCGGGCCCAGCUCGACGCGCGGCAAAUAUCGUGCCAUCGCUCAGAACGACGACGAGGACCGUCAACCAACCACGGUCACGGAGAGGAGUACGCGUCUCUGAACGACGCAGAGCGUCGGGAUGAUGGAUCCUCCUCUGAAUCGUCCACCUCAUUCGCAUCGUCAUUGUUCAUCUCCCUAAACGACAGCGAAGAGGACGAGCGCAGCGACGGCUCACGAACGACGGUGUCGCGGCUGAAGGUCCUGGCACUCAUCAUCAUGCGCCUGAACAAUCUCCGAGGACUCUGUUUGGUGCACAAGAACGAAAGUACGACGAAGUGUGUAAAUAGAGAAAGACAAAAACAAAGAAAAAAUAAGAACGUUGAUGCGGGACGAGAGAGUGGUGCACCAGGUUCACGCUGUAAACAGCCUUUCCCUUCCACGCGGUUACUUCCUAGAAAGGAGACACGCGCGGGGCUCUCCUACGCGAUUGAAUUCUAAUCUUAGGGAUACAUGUAUAUAUAAUUGAAGGCUCGAUAAGGAGCGAUCUUGGAGAAGGAGAGAAAGAGAGAAUGACCGCGCGAUCCAACACACGCGAGCGUUCUCCAAAAAGCUCGAGGAGUUUUUGGUUCUACCGUUCCUCCUCCGCUAUUCUGCCUUUCCCUCCCCUCAUUUUUAUCGUUUUCCCUGCUCUAAUUCUUCGUCUUUGUCCGCUCGCCUUAGCGUUAUUUAGUGUACUCGCUAAACAGCGAUGUAAUCACGACGCAUCGAACGAUCGAGCUCCAAAUCGACGCACCGAUCGUCGAGGAAAGUAUAUUUUUUCUGUAAAUACACGCAUGAUCCAAAAGAUAGACGAGAGAACAACCCCAUGAUAAUUUUGUUCUUCGAUUACUUUGUGCACGUCAGCACGUACGCUUCUCGUCAUAGCGAUUAUGUUUAGAUAUCACUAUGCUGAUAUCAACAACUGUCGGGAAAUCCGUGAGAGAUCCUUGAAAUAUCAAUAUGGGGAAUGACUUUCCUCGCUCUGACUGUGACUGACGCCGAAAUACAUAGAUAUUAUCAAAUUUCUAAGUAUGCAAUCAAACUUCACGAUCAACAGUGACGUUAUUGUUACUAUAAAUAUCAUGGAAUAUAUUGUCUUUUGGCGCUGGAAUAACCAAUAUUAU